UAGGCUAACGCCAUGUUCUCCCACGCGGUAACGAACUUUAUAGAAGCAGGAAGAUAGUCAAUAGCGUAUAUCUGUCGUUAAUACGAAAUAUAAUUGUGGAAAUCUGUAUUUCUACGAAAUGUGCACGUGUAAUUGUGUACGCCGAAUAUAUACAGCGUUCGUCAUGAAAAAUGUGACUCUUGCAUAAAGAACUAGAACUUUUGGAAUUUAAUAUGGCGAGUCCUUCACCACAGUCUUCGCCUAUGCCACCUCCACAAGCUCCAAGUCCAAUGGGUCCACCCCAACAAGCACCAUCUCCAUCUAAUGCACAAGGUAGUCCAAUGGGACCACCACAGCAUCAUCCUCAUAGUCCAACGCAAGGCUAUCAAGGAGGCCCGCCCAUACCAUCAGGAGGACCACCUAUGUCGCAACCACCUCAGCAGCCACCACCUCAGCAACAAAAUUAUCCAUCUCAUUCACAACAAAUGCCUCCUAACAUGGGCUCACAGAAUCAAGGAGGUCCAGGAGGUCCAGUCGGACAAGGACCGACUUCUCAGCAGGGUCCUGGGGGGCCUAUGGUGCCAGGUCAAAUGGGACCAAAUGGACCACAAAGUGGAUCUCAUAUGAUGCAAACCGGUCCAAAUCAAAUGGGUUCUAAUGGACCGGGACAAAUGGGUCCCGGUGCUCCUAGCCAAAUGGGUCCUGGUCAAAUGGGUCCAGGUGGGCCUGGACAGAUGGGUCCCGGUGGGCCUGGGCAGAUUGGUCCCGGUGGACCUGGUCAAAUGGGUCCUGGUGGACCUGGACAGAUGGGUCCUGGUGGACCCAACCAGAUGGGUCCUGGUGGACCCAACCAAAUGGGUCCUGGAGGACCUGGGCAGAUGGGUCCAUCUCAUAUGGUACAAGGAGGAGGACCUCCUGGUGGAUCUCAUAUGGGUCAAGGUGGACCAGGACAAAUGGGUCCAGGCAGUGGACCUGUGCCAGGUCCUCAGAUGGGCACAGGAGGACCUCAAAACUCACAAAUGGUUCCCGGGGGUCCUGGACAUAUGAGUGGACCACCAAGCCAUAUGAAUGCAGGUGGUUCACAAGGACCAGGUCAUAUAUCUGCCAGCGGUCCGUCCGGUCCGGGACAUAUGGGCGCGGGACCGCCAGGACCAGGGCAUAUGAAUGCUAGCGGACCACCUGGCUCUGGACAUAUGAACACUACUGGUCCUCCUGGACCAGGUCAUAUGAAUACUAGUGGACCUCCUGGACCAGGUAGCCACAUGAAUACCGGUCCUCCUAUUCCGAGUCAUAUGAGCACUAGCGGUCCGAACGUUUCUACACAUAUGAACGCAAGCGGUCCAGGAAGUCACAUGGGUCCUGGUGCUCCCAACCAGAUACCUACAGGUGGUCCUACAGGACAUAGUAUGGGGCCGGGAGGUCCGAAUCAAAUGGGUCCUGGUGGUCCGAAUCAGAUGAUACCGAGCAGUCAAGCACAAAUGGGACCGAACGGACCGAUGGGUCCCGUUGGACCAGCUGGACAGAUCGGCCCGAAUGGACAAAUGGGUCAUAAUGGGCCGUCUCAAAUAGGUCCGAACGGUCCUACGCAGAUAAGCAUGGGCGGUCCACCUGGACAAAUGGGUAUGAAUACACCAGCAGGGGGGCAGAUGGGUCCUGGAGGGCCAGGUAACCAAAUGGGUCCAACGGGAGCAGGUAACCAAAUGGGAUCAGGUGCGCCGGGGAGUCAGAUGGGACCUUCCGGUCCAGCAGGGCAAAUGGGACCCGGAAGCGGACCCGUGGGACAAUUAGGGCCGAAUAGUCUUGGUCAAAUGGGUCCGGGUGGUGCACCAAAUAAUGUACCAAUGACAACAAGUAGCGGACCUGUUGGUACCAUGGGUCCGGGAGGUGGGCCUAAUGGACCUACUGGAGUAAAUGCAGCUAGUGGACCUGGUGGGCAGAUGAAUACGGGUAGUGGUCCCGGAGGACAGAUGGGUUCGACAGGUCCUGGAAGUGGCUCUAGUGGCCAAAUGGGACCAGGGAAUGGCCCUGCAGCACAGAUGAAUUCUGGCAGUGGACCUGGUGGUCAAAUGGGACCAGGCGGCGCGCAGAUGGGACACGGCGGUAGUGGACCUGGAGGGCAAAUGGGACCAGGAAGUGGACAGAUGGGACCGGGGAGUGGCCCCGCUGGUCAAAUAGGACCAGGAGGACAAAUUCCAUCCGCUGGACCAGGGCAAAUGAUGCAAGGAGGUCCAGGUGCUCCGAUGGGCCCGAACGCUCCGAGUAAUCAAAUAGGACCUGGACCGAAUAAUCAAAUGGGACCUUGUGGUCCGAAUAACCAAAUUGGUCAUGCAAAUGCAACUGGACAGAUGGGACCUAACGGACCGGCUGGUCAGCCUCCUACUACUCAAAUAGGCCCCGGUACUCAAAAUCAAAGCCAAGGCAAUACAGCAUCAAUAGGCUCGGGUGCUCCGGUGAAUCAAAUGAGUCAAACUGGAAGUGGACAAAUUGGCCCUCCCGGACCUACAGGACCUCCUGGACCUGGUCAAGAAAAUUUAAAUGCACUCCAAAAAGCGAUCGACUCUAUGGAAGAGAAAGGUUUACAGGAAGACCCGCGGUAUUCGCAGUUAUUAGCUCUCAGAGCUCGUCAAGGUAGCGGAAUGAGCGAGAAACAAACUUUCAGUUCACUACAAUUACAGCAGUUGCGCGUUCAAAUAAUGGCGUACAGAUUAUUGGCGAGAAAUCAACCACUAUCACAACAUCUUGCUCUUGCUGUACAAGGUGGAGCUCCAUCUCCCGGGGUAGGUCAACGUCCUAUAGAUCCAUCUCAAACCCCUGCUGCAGCAGUUGGAUCACAAAUUCCAGGUCCGAAUGUCAUUGGUCCCGCAGGUGUGACUCGGCCAGGUUGUCAGACACCGCAGCAACAACAACAGCAACCACAACCUGGCACUAAGACUAACAGAGUAACAAGUGUUGCGAAACCGGCUGGGUUAGAUCCAUUAUUGAUACUACAAGAACGAGAGAAUAGAGUCGCAUCCCGUAUAUCACUUCGGAUGGAACAGCUUAGUAAUUUACCAACGAAUAUGCCAGAGGAUCUACGUAUACAAGCGCAGAUCGAACUACGCAUGCUUAGAGUACUAAACUUUCAGAGACAGUUGCGAUCAGAGAUUUUAGCGUGUACUCGAAAAGAUACUACUUUAGAGACGGCUGUGAAUGUGAAAGCUUAUAAACGUACAAAACGGCAAGGAUUGCGCGAGGCAAGGGCUACCGAAAAAUUGGAGAAGCAACAAAAAUUAGAAGCAGAACGUAAACGUAGACAAAAACAUCAAGAAUUUCUUACUUCCGUACUGCAACAUGGAAAAGACUUUAAAGAAUUCCAUCGCAAUAAUGUUGCAAAGUUGGCUAGACUCAAUAAAGCAGUGCUUAACCAUCACGCAAACGCUGAACGAGAACAAAAGAAGGAACAGGAACGUAUUGAGAAGGAACGUAUGCGUCGUCUAAUGGCAGAAGACGAAGAGGGAUACAGAAAAUUAAUUGACCAGAAGAAAGACAAACGUUUAGCAUUUUUGUUGUCUCAAACCGACGAAUACAUCAGCAAUCUGACGGAAAUGGUCAAGCAACAUAAAAUGGAGCAAAAGAGGAAACAAGCUGAAGAGCAAAAGCGUAAGAAGAAAAAGAAGAAGUUGCAAGAUGGUGAAACUGGAGAAGAUGGCGCAGCUAAUGACGAUACUCGUGUUGGCGUAAUAGAAACGUCCACUGGUCGUACAUUGACCGGUGAUGAGGCUCCGUUGAUGAGUCAACUGUCUGCAUUUUUGGAGGCUCAUCCAGGAUGGGAACCAAUUGAAUCAGAUAGCGAAGAAGAUGAUGAUGAUGAUGAAGAGGACAAUGGAAAUGAGAGCGAAGAUAAAUCUGAUGGCAAGGAAAAAUCUACAGGCGAUUCUGAAGAAGAGAAGGUGAAGAAAACGAUACACAAGGCGAAAGUGGAGGAUGACGAAUAUAAAACAGAAGAACAGACAUAUUACAGCAUCGCACAUACUAUUCGUGAAGUGGUUACAGAGCAGGCGACCAUUAUGGUGAACGGAAAAUUGAAGGAAUAUCAGAUUAAGGGUUUGGAGUGGUUAGUAUCGCUGUUUAACAAUAAUUUAAACGGUAUCUUGGCAGAUGAAAUGGGUCUUGGUAAAACUAUUCAGACGAUUGCUUUGGUAACAUAUCUUAUGGAGAAAAAGAAAGUCAAUGGUCCAUUCCUUAUCAUUGUUCCACUAUCAACGUUAUCAAACUGGGUUCUUGAAUUUGAAAAAUGGGCACCAAGCGUUGUUGUAGUAUCAUACAAAGGUUCCCCAGCCGGUAGAAGAGCGAUACAAUCUCAAAUGCGAGCUACGAAGUUUAAUGUUUUAUUAACAACUUAUGAGUACGUUAUAAAAGACAAAGGCGUGUUAGCAAAACUGCAAUGGAAAUAUAUGAUCAUUGACGAGGGACACAGAAUGAAAAACCAUCAUUGCAAGCUUACCCAAGUAUUAAAUACACAUUAUUUGGCUCCUCAUCGGCUUCUUUUAACUGGUACACCGUUGCAAAAUAAAUUGCCAGAAUUGUGGGCUCUUCUCAAUUUCCUAUUACCUUCAAUAUUCAAGUCUUGCAGCACAUUUGAGCAAUGGUUUAAUGCUCCUUUCGCGACUACCGGUGAAAAAGUGGAACUUAACGAGGAAGAAACUAUAUUGAUUAUUCGUCGUUUACACAAAGUCUUGCGGCCUUUCCUAUUAAGACGUUUGAAGAAGGAAGUAGAAUCUCAAUUACCCGACAAAGUAGAAUAUAUUAUCAAGUGCGACAUGUCUGGCCUUCAGAAAGUACUUUAUAAGCAUAUGCAAAGCAAGGGCGUACUAUUAACUGAUGGAUCAGAAAAAGGGAAACAAGGAAAAGGUGGGGCCAAAGCUCUUAUGAAUACUAUCGUACAACUGAGGAAAUUGUGCAAUCAUCCAUUCAUGUUCCAAGCCAUAGAAGAGAAAUAUUGCGAACAUGUAGGCACACAAGGUUCCGGUGUUAUUACUGGGCCCGAUUUAUAUCGCGCAUCUGGAAAGUUCGAACUUCUCGAUCGCAUUCUUCCUAAAUUGAAAGCCACGAAUCACAGAGUUUUAUUGUUCUGUCAAAUGACUCAAUUAAUGACGAUCAUGGAAGAUUAUUUGAGUUGGCGAGGAUUUAUGUACUUACGGUUGGAUGGUACAACGAAAGCGGAGGACAGAGGUGAUCUGUUGAAGAAAUUCAAUGAUCCCGGAUCAGAAUAUUUCCUUUUCUUACUGUCCACACGUGCUGGUGGCCUUGGUCUAAAUCUUCAAGCUGCCGAUACAGUAAUUAUUUUCGAUUCUGAUUGGAAUCCUCAUCAGGAUCUACAAGCUCAAGACAGAGCACAUCGAAUCGGACAAAAGAACGAAGUACGUGUACUUCGACUAAUGACUGUCAACUCUGUCGAAGAACGGAUAUUAGCAGCAGCUAGAUAUAAAUUAAAUAUGGACGAGAAAGUUAUUCAAGCUGGUAUGUUUGAUCAGAAAUCUACUGGGUCUGAGCGGCAGCAGUUUCUUCAGAGCAUUUUACAUCAAGAUGACGCUGACGAUGAAGAAGAAAAUGAAGUACCCGACGACGAAACUGUUAAUCAAAUGAUUGCUAGGACAGAAGGUGAAUUCGAAAUAUUCCAGAAAUUGGAUGUGGAACGCGAGGAAGCCAAUAUGGGUCCCAAUCGUAAGUCGCGAUUAUUGGAAGAAGCCGAAUUGCCUGACUGGCUGGUGAAAGAUGAUGACGAGGUGGAAAGAUGGACGUAUGAAGAAGACAAAGACAGGUUUCUUGGAAGAGGUUCGAGACAACGUAAAGAAGUUGAUUAUACGGAUAGUUUGACUGAAAAAGAAUGGUUGAAAGCAAUCGAUGACGAUGGUGCAGAAUAUGAAGAAGAGGAGGAAGAUGAUAAGAAGAAGAAGAAAACACGAAAACGGAAGAAAAAAGGCGAAGAAGACGACGAGCCGAUGCCGAAGAAACGAAGAGGCGGCGGAGCUUUGGUUGAUCCCAAAAUGAAACAGGCUAUGAAGAAAUUAAUCAUGUUAGUUGUUAAUUAUACCGAUAGUACUGAUGGCCGAGUAUUGAGUGAACCUUUCAUGAAAUUACCAUCACGAAGAGAAUUGCCAGAUUAUUAUGAUAUAAUUAAGAAACCUUUGACUAUUAAUAAAUUGUUGCAAAAAAUCGAAGAGGGUAAAUAUGCCGAUUUUGACGAAUUGGAGAAAGAUUUUAUGCAACUUUGUAAAAAUGCUCAAAUUUAUAAUGAAGAAGCAUCUCUUAUUCAUGAGGACUCGAUAGUAUUGCAAUCCGUUUUCACGAAUGCACGUCAGCGCCUUGAAGAAGAGGGUAAUAAUUCUGACGGAGAUGAUAAAGAUGGUGAAGAGGGUUCGGAUGCGGAUUCCAGUGUAAGAAUGAAAAUUAAAUUAAAGGGUAGAAAAGGCGAGGGAAGAGGUGGUCGUAGGAAGCGAGUUACUAAGAAGUAUAUAUCCGACGACGAGGAUGACGCUGAUGAUAAUUAAGAAAUAUAGAUUUUAUUUAUCUCUUAAAACGGUGUUAGGCAGAAUUCAUUCGCACAUAAUAACAUUUCUGAAUUUUGAAUUUAAAUGUAAAGAAAGGGAAGGGUGAGUAAAAGAGAGAAAGAAAGAAUGAAUGUCCAUACGUACAUGGUAUAUCAUAUGUAUGUAGAGUAUAUUUUAUGUAUUUUAUAUAUAAAAUACAUAAUACAUACAUAUGUAACAGCUAAGUUUUGUUCUUACGAAUACAUUUUGUCUAACAUCGCUUGAAAAAAAAAAUGAAUCCAGUUUAAAUAUUUAUCUCUAGAUACUUGAUAAAUUACUAUUAGAAGAUAACUUGAUAGUAUAUUAUUCGUCAAUAGAAUGUUAGCUGAUAAAAUGAAAGCUAUAAAAGUACAACUACGAAUUAUAUUUUGAAUUACAAGUUUUUGACUUGUGACAGUCUUUACUGAAAGACUCGCUAUUUAGUUAUGAUUCUGAUAGGCUUAUUGGUAAAUAUUGAAUUUGAAUAAGAUUAUAACUCUAUUUAAAAUAUUUUAAUACAGAAACACUUAACGCAUUACAAUUUUUAUGUUGUACGCAUUUGCGCAUUUAGUAAUUAAUGUAGAGCGACUGCAUAUUGUACAGAACACAAUAGAAACUAGCGUUAAAAUUUACUUUAAA